UUUGUCAUUAUCUUUCCCUCUCAUUCUUCCUCUUUUCCUUCUCAUUUUUUUCCUUUCCUUUCUUCCCUUUUCCUUUUCUCAUUUUUCCAUUACCUCUCCUUUGUUCUUUCCCCUUUCUCGUUAAAAAUAUUUUAUAACUAAAAUUUUUUCUUUUUUGGAUUUUUUUAGUCUUCUGAAUACGAUAUUUCUUGGCUGAAAUUUUAGGUCUAUGAACGUGCAGAAUUUCAUAAUUCGCAAGACCCCAGUGAAAUUUUUUUUUGAUUUUUUACUUUUUAGAUAUACACGUGAAAUUUUGGUAUUUCAGUUAUUGUAUUUAUUUUCUUUAAAAUUUAUUUAUUUUAAUGAACUGUACUUGCAGUUCUAUUCUUUCUUCUGGUUCUUUUGGAUAUCUUUGGACGUGUACUAUCACUUUUUUCUUUAUUAAUUUAUGUAUUUCAGCAAAUAGUUUUCAGUUUUUUUUUCUUU